AUGGUACUUUUGUGCAACUUGGUCAUUGCGUCGUUGUUCUACCCGGCUGUCGUCAUAUACUUGUUGACCACAUCUGACGACCCAGACUCGAGCAUGAAUGCUCCUGUUUGUGUGUUGCGUGAUCGGAUACAUCCUGGAAUGGAGCCGCCCUGUGUGACAGGCGCUUGGACGCCGACAAACAUUUGGGAUAUGGCAAAAGCAUCUCUCCAAGACCUCACCGGCUCUGUGCGGGCACAUGCUCUUUCCGACGAUUACCCGGUGCAUGACUUGCGCUUGCUUUGGGAUGAGACGCCCACACUUGCUGUUGUAAGCAAUGAACAGCGUGAAAUGCCUGCCGUCGUUCAUGUGGCUCAAGUGCUUUUGUCUUCAGACGCUAUACGGCACGGCGGCGGUGCCCCAUACGGUGUGCUGCAUCCACAAUUCCUACUUAUGGCUCUUCAGCUGCAAAAUGAGUUAGACAAACGCCUCACAUCAGACUCUCAGACUCCGGGUCCCUCUUGCAUACGGCGGAAUGAGACGAAUGAAUGUCUCGUGCUCUCGCCUCUGGAGUUCUGGCAUCGAGACGAGCAAGUCUUGCUAGCCGACCCACAUCCAGCCAAAUCAUAUACGGGGAGUCCUGUGCGUGCUGUAGUAACGCCCCCUGUGGCGCCUACUGUGAUGCAGAGCCCACUUCCCCUUUUGUACUCAACGACUCUGUCGGGGCGGUGGCCCUUCCUACCCCUCUUUUCCCGCGCAGAAUACUUGGUACUCACGUAUUUCCUGCAUGAGACAAACAUGCACGCGUGGCCGGAUGUCGUGCGUGACGCGGUCGAUCAUGUGGUUCCAGCACACGUUCUGAUGCCUCAAAACAUUACAGCAGGCUCAACAACUCUUCAGUUCAAGCCAGAAUCGCUCAGAGCGCGGCCAACAUUGGACUACAAAAUUGUGAUUGCUGGGUAUUUGCUGCUUCUAACAUUCAUUUUUCGCGGCCUUGUCCAGAUGCGCCGACUUCACUCGCGCUUCGGAAUUGCCUUCACUGGUAGUGCACAGCUGGUCAUGGACUUGAUUAUGAGCCGCAGUCUUUGCGCACUUCUGGGUAUCCACCUAACGGCUGUGCCGUGGCCCAUCCUUCCGUUUGUCGUCGUUGUUGUUGGCAGUGAGACGAUGCUUUUUAUGAUUCGAGUCGUCACUAACACCCCACUUUCGCUCACAGUAAAUUCGCGUGUUGCGUAUGGCUUAUCACAAGUAGCAGGUCCCAUUACGCUCUCCACAGCGACGGACGUGCUGCUUCUUUUGCUACUCAGCUCUCUCCUACGGAUAGAGGCUGUAACGCAGUUUGUCUUGUUCACAAUUUGCGCACUUGUCGUGGAUUAUUUCAUGCAAAUGACGUUCUUUAUCACCGUGCUGAGUAUUGAUAUUCAACGCUUGGAGCUGGCUGAAGUCUUGCUGCAGGGUACUCGCGCCCCAUCGACGGCUGUGACGCCGCAUCCUGAUCUGCCGCAUGAACCGGUCCUGUACGGCCCUCGCGCGGGUGCGGCCCAUUUUUUUUCUCUGCUAUAUCACUUAUGGCGCAUCCGGACGGCUCGAGGUAUCAGUGUAGCGAUCACUAUAUUGGCCGCAUGUGCUGCACUCGUCGCAUAUGGGCCUAAACUCGUGUCGUCCAACGCAGUCCAGCACGUGUUGCAUGAGCGCACAAUUUCGCAGAUGCCUAUGGAUGCCGAACUUGACAAGAGCCCAUACGGCGCCUUCUGGCGUGCAAUAAACCCGACGGGCGAAUCGUUCGUACGGAUGGUGCUGGAGCCAUGGACUCUAGUUACGACGACGGGGCCCAAUUGGUAUGCUGCAUCAGUGGCAGGGGAUGUGCCUGGGCCAUGGCUCGAGCAUCUAUUUUUUGACAGGCGCAGCACGACAGUAUUUCUGUUCUUCCUGUUUGUCAUUGCGCCGAUCGCACUCUCGAUGGUGAUCCUGUCGAUGAUUUUGAACUAUUUGCUCUUGCAUUCAGACAAACUCGAGGCAUCUGCACACCACGACAGCGAAAACAUUGAGCUGCGUCGCUUGCUCGAGCCCACUUGGUCCCGUCCCCAUCAGAUACCAUGUCGAUCCACAUGA